CCGCCAGCUACCCCCCGUCUACGCGGAGAUCGAAAGCAAUGGCUUAGAAGGAAAAGUUUGCAUCACAUUUGACAGCUUCGCGCGCGAUGUUGGCUUGCUACACUGCAGGGCAGUUUCUAAAAUACAACUUUCCGCAGGAGAACCAGACGACCGCUUAGUAGACGCUUUGCGUCUUUUGCCAAAAUUUCAACACGUGACUGACCUGAGCAUCGAGCUGAGGUCGGGCAGCAGGAGACUUUAUUUGGCACUUAAGGAAUAUUUAACAUCUACGACUGCGCUGCACAAUCUCGAGCUUAGCGUCAGGUGGAACGUCGUGGUCGAUGCCGAGGGAGCAAACCCGUGGUGGUCAGCCAUACACGAGUCCCUAUCUCGGAACAAGAGCCUCAAGAAGCUGAGGGUUUCCGGGCAUCAAAUUAGCGCACAAGACAUCGAGGGCUUAGCAGAUGCAGUUAAACGAAGUCAGAGCAUCACAUGGGUCAUGUUAAUCAACGUGGCCCCGAACAAUGCAUCCGUCUUCGUUCGACGCCUUUCAAAGGGCAUCGCGGACAACUGGACGCUGCUGUUCGUGCAUUGCUGGUUUUCCAUUGACGUGGACGCGGCGAGAGACUGGUUCGCUGUCUGCGAGACGACACGGAGGAACUGCGGUAUUGUCGCACGAGCAGCUCGAUUUAUGAAGGCUUCACUGUUAGACAGAUACGUCGUCGGAGCUUUGGAACACGUCUCGCGGUACCCUGUCCUACUGGACGAGGUUGCUGAGCUGGCCAACAUCGACAGAUCAGAAAUCGUCGACUUGGUGCGAGACCGCUUGAAAUCAGCCGAAACCUUGGACGGAUUCAUGCGGGUCGUCGGAGUCGUCAGGGAGCGAGUCGUCUGCCAUCCGCCCGACGAAGACCGUAUGCAGCUGGACGACCUGAUCGAGGACUGCUGGAGACACGUGCGACGUUUCCUCAUGAUUUAUGACGUCAAGCACAGCAUUAGGCAGAUGGACAAGAUAUGAACAAAGAGGAAGCUUCCUCUUUGGUGCCCUCAGCAUGGUGGUGUCUCUGCUGUUAACCAGUCUCUGACUGUGAGUUAGUACGGGUGUACGUGCUAGUUCAAUACGCAGCUGCACUAUAGUGUUAGUCGUUGGCUGGUUAGUACAGCGUCAUCUGUCACAACCGCAAAGCAGAAGUAGAACUUACCGAAAGUGCGAUCACCGGAAACAAGUAAACAGUUUUGAACAUGCCAGCGCAGGUGCUGUAUUUGUCAAUGAGCAGACUACAACCGUUAAA